CGAACACUACAAAUUUGUAACAAGAGAGAGAGUGAGCGAGAGAGAGAGCGAGAGGGGAAGGAAAACUGACGUGCCUAUUCUCAAAGGUUAGAGGUGAGACUGACACAGGAGUUUUCUCUCUGCAGCUUGAGAGAGAGGUACAAAACAAUACGUCUUACCUGUAAGCCAGUCAUAGAGAGAGACCAGAGAUUCACCUGGGCUGGCUAAAAGGUCAAGGAUUCAAGACUUUGACAUUGGGAAUCAAACCUGUGCAGGUUGAGGAGAGGCCAUCCAACCCUCCAGUCAGGAAGCCAGUCAGAAAGAAAACCAGGCAGCCAAGUAGCCAACCAGCCAUAUGGAAAGUCUGUCUGUGUAUCAUGGAGAUAUUGGUAAAGAGGAGGGGGAGAGAAGACUGUGUUAUUCGGGAAAAGAUGGCAGCUACCUAGUCCGUAACAGCGAUUCUGUGCCGGGAGUAUACUGCCUCUGUGUGCUGUGUACAGGGUCUGUCUACACAUACAGGAUCUUCCUUGAUGAAAGCGGUUCUUGGACGGCAGAUACUGCUCCCGGCGUGGAGAAACGAUUUUUCCGGAAAAUCAAGAACUUGAUAGCAGCCUUCCAGCACCCCGACCAAGGAAUCGUCAUGCCCCUGAUGUACCCUGUUACAGCCCAGGCGCGGGCCAAUACACACACGUACACACACUCACCCUCUGGAAACACACUGACUGCUCUCAGUAAGCCGAUCCAGACGACUGUCCAAGGACAGAAGAACAGGUCCAGUGGGAAGCAUGCUCAGAAAGCGGCACCCUAAACAGACAACAUCCCAUGACUGAAACAAGAUCUCCAGACUAGGAACGUAGUCUAAAAGGCAUUGAAAUCCCUCUGCUUUUGUUUCCUGCAUUUUUUCUGAUUAACAUUAUAAUGUAUAUCACACUUUUUGUUUAGAUUUUUACAAAAUGUCGUUUAGAGAGAAGUGUGACAUUUGUGAAUAUGUAUGUAAAACGAAAAACAACUUUUUAAAGUCAAAUUUUCUGUGAAGGAGCUGCCUACAUUAGCACAUUAUUCAUUUAAAACAUGUUUUUAUAGUUGUUUAUAGAGAACUAAAUAACAAAUAUAUGGCUUUGUUCAGGUCAUUAAAUUGUAAUUGACAA